AUGGGUAAUUGUGUGACGAAAAAAAGGCCAGUGCAAAUUCGAAACUAUCGCUAUAUUGUUUUAGUGCCAACCGAUCGUCCAACUGUUGAUUGGAACGGUGUGACGUGAGUUUUUCGUUGUACUUUAGGAUUUUUUCAAAAUUUAAUUAGGGUAGGGUAGGGUAUUUUUGUGUCCGUAAAGUAUAUUGUAACAUAAAAAAUAAAUUUCCAAUAAAGUUAUCACUAAAUUAUGUUAGUUUCAGCUACGAAACCGAUGCUCCACUUCGACCCUAUGGUGUCGUAAAGCUUUAUAAUAAACAUGAAGAGCAUUUGGUGGCUUAUGAAAUACAUAAACAUGGUAUAAAAUACAAUUAUGUUGAUGUAAGUUCGAAUUUGUAUCAUUUUGCGGGUUGUAAAGAAAGUUCUUGCCAUUUUGAGGUUUGUAAAGAAAGUUUUUGCGAUUUAAUACUUUGUAAAGAAAGUUCUUGUUAUUUAAUUCUUUGUAAAGAAAGUCCUUGCUAUUGUUUGCUUGGUAAAGAAUGUUUUUGUUAUUUUAUGCUUGGUAAAGAAAGUUCUUACUAUUUGAAACCUUUUUAGGCCUACUACGAUCUACUGUGUGAACUGACCGAAAAUGAAGUGUAUUUAUUUGGUCGAUUGGAUGAGUACUCGCAGUUUAUCAAGCUGAUCCGAAAUGAUAAUGUCAAAAUCACAGCUAUUCUUCUUAGUUCUGUAUGGUUUCUAUUUUUUUAUUAUAAAAUUGAAGCUUACUGUAACAUAACAUAAAAAUAGUUUAAAAUUUUAAUUUCAGAGAGACAAGAGGUAUAUUCGACUGCAAGAAACUUUUUGGGCAGAAAGAAUGUCAGUCGAAGACCUGGUUCAGUUUGCUUUGAAAUUUCUCAACGCUCUACAUGAGUAUCAUCAACGUGGAAGAGUUCAUUUGAAUUUGUCACCAACUUCUAUUUUUGUUGAAAUUACCGAAAAUAAUCUAUUCGAAUUCGGAUUUUUACAAAGCGGACAUCUAGUACCGGCUUAUCAAGGUAGCUUUAGGAAGGAGAUACAAGAGUAAGUAUUGCCUUGCCUUGCCUUGCCUUGCCUUGCCUUGCCUUGCCUUGCCUUGCCUUGCCUUGCCUUGCCUUGCCUUGCCUUGCCUUGCCUUGCCUUGCCUUGCCUUGCCUUGCCUUGCCUUGCCUUGCCUUGCCUUGCCUUGCCUUGCCUUGCCUUGCCUUGCCUUGCCUUGCCUUGCCUUUCCUUGCAUUGCCUUGACAUGCCGUGCUUUGCCUUAUCUAUAUCAAUACUCUGUCUUUGCCCUACCUUGAACUGCCCUACUCUGUCCUGCUUCCGCCUUGCCCUGCUUUUAUCUUACUCAACUAUUGUCAUACCCUUACCCCUUGAUUUACCCUGCCUUAGUUGUACUUUACUUUAUUUUGCCUAACCCUAUCUCACUAUACUGUACUCACUACUAUAAUAUCAGCAGCACUCUUACUGUGCUUCUUAUUCUAUUUAUCUAAUAAUAUAAUAACCUUGCUAUUCCAGUGCAAUAAUCAAGCUCACCGACUGGGGUUACUGCUCAAUGGCUAUGCAUCAACGAAAUGUCACCAUUAAUGAUGAUUACGAGUCGUUCUUGUACGUUCUGUACGCAGUACACCACAGAACACACGUACCAUGGGUGCGAAGUGCGAUGAAUGUUACAGUAGAGAAUCAGAAGCACUACGAAGCUAUUUGUGAAAAACUGUGGAGCCCUGAGGUGGGUUUUGUGUAAAAUACGGCGUCAUAAGCUAUAUACUUUAAAAAAUUGUUUGGGAGGGUAUAGUAGAGUUGGGUACAAUUAGAAAUUUUGAGGGUAUAGUAGAGUUGGGUACAAUUAGAAAUUUUUUAUUAGAAAUUUCAAAAAAUUUAACAUUUGCAAUUUUUGAAAUUUUAGGUAACAUUAUGCCAUUUUCAGAUAGAAACAGAGCUGUUGAAUGAAAAGAAGACGUUUUGGCACCAUCCAGAUAAAUUCUUUGCUCAUUUGGACAAAGAAACUCGAGCAAUAUUCAGUGAUCUUGCUCAUGUCAUCAAGCAAAAUAGGUACACAACUCCAUUGGAAACCAAUUAUUUGAUCAAAAAUGCACUAUUAAAGCAUCGAAGUUAAGGUUAACAAACUAUAGUAGAAAUUGAUAAAAUUUUGUUUUUUGGUGGAGAUAUGUAUUGUAGAGAGAAAGAGAGCUAUAAUACUAGGUAGGGUACAGUAGAGAUAGGUAAAGUAGAGUAGAGUAAGUUAGGAAAUGGUGUGGUAUGAUGAAGCAUGAUAUGGCAAUGUACGGUAGAGUAGGAAAAGGUAGAGUUAGUUAAGCUAGAGUAGUGCAAAAUAAUAUAAAGAUAAAGCAUGAUAAGGUAAGACAGCAUAGGACAUGAUAGGGCAGAGUAUGGUACGGUAGAGUAAGCAAAGGUUGGCCUAUAGAAUAAUAUAUGACAUAGUAAGAUAGGAUAGGGCAAGGUAAAAUAAGGAAAGGCAAAACAGAAUGUUUUAAAGAAUUUCAUAGCAAUUUUAGCGACAAAAUUAAAACUGAAUUCCCAUACCCAUAUACGUAUACAUAUGAAUCAAAGUUUAUUUUAUAUACAUUCUACUAUAAUAUAAACGACAAUGUUAGUAAAUUUUGAAACUUUGAAUUAAAAAAUGUUGAUAAAAAUUGUUUUUUUAUCACUAUUACUACUGUCGAUAUUAGGUAAAAGUGAAGUCUUACCAUUCCGUGACUCCUACAUUAUCAAAGUAAGAGGCCAACUACUAUGUCAUGGAAGGCCUGCUAGUGGUGACAUUACACUUGUUGAUCAGGACUGUAAGUUAUUUACAAAAAAGGCACUUUAAAUUGAGAAAAAAGUUGUAACUGGUACUAGUUGUACCAUUUUCAGCCUAAGUUUGAAACGGGAAGAGAAGAUUUAGAGUAUAGUAAGGUAAGGUAGAGUAAAGUAGAGUAGUGUAAUGUAGAGUAGGGUAGGAAAAAAUAGGUUUUCUUAAAAAUUUUGAAUUUAGUGUUCUUCGACGACCGGCUAGCCUUCACCAAAGCCGUCGAUGUGAUGAAUGGCACUUUUGAGAUUGAAGGCAAAGAAGAGGGCUGGUCAAAGUUUGAGCCUUUGUUAUUUGUCGUUCAUCUAUGUGGUAUGUUUAAACCUAAUAACUGUUCUUUUUCAUUAGAAUUCGUAUAUAUCAAACCCAUUAUUAAUGAAAUUUCUGCUUAACAAACAACCUUUAAAUCCUCGCCCAAACCUACGCAGCGCAUUUGAAACCAAUUACGUAACUAGCUAAUUUUAUGCUCUUUCAUACUGUAAAAUUAAAAAAUAAUAUUUAAUAUACAGAUCUCGUUUUAAAAGCCGAGGAACAUUUUGUGCAAUUCCUUACUAAGGCAGGGUAAAUCAGUGUAGAAUAGGAUAAAAAAAGAUCUUAGAGUUGAGUAGAUUUGGGUAAUAAGGUAUGGUAGAGUAGCGAGUAUACUUAAAAUUUCAUCAUACAUGCACCAUACUACACAAAGAAUUUGUAACAUUUGUAAAACGAACAAACAGGGCCGGGCGCUGAGGGGAGGUGAGAACCCCCCCCCCCCCUCCCCCAGAAAAAAAUUUUCGAAAAAAAGUUGAACAUGGUCCCCCCUGUGGAUUUAUAGGAAACCUGUGUCGAAUUUUUUCGAUCCCCGCUUCUAGACUAAAAGUCCCCGCCCAGCCCUGCGUACAGAUAUGGAAUUCUCCAGCAAUUCGUUAUAUAGGUGUUUCACUGUACAGUAUUUUUUGGGUAACCCUAUUUCAAAUUUCAAUCUAAAAAAAUUUUUUUUAAGGUAUGCAUAAUAAGUUGACUUAUUGCAAUCCAACUAAUGUAUUAUUUCAGAUAGUGAAGAGCCGAUAAAGAAAGAAUUCAAUUUGGACCAAAACUAUGUCUACGAACUUGAAGACCCUCCAAACUGUGUCAAAUUUGUUUAUGAAAAUACGUUUGAACUGGCUAAUGAAGAAUGA